AUGUUUCAAAAUAUUUGUUUUCGUGUCAUUUCUAGACGGGAAGGCGGUGCUGUGAUGUUUUUAAGGGAAUGAAACAAUAAAUAAGAUGCUCCGCUGUGUUUUUGUAAAGUUGAACAUGUUAAACCAUUUACGACAUGGGCCUAAGUUUUAAUAAAAAAUAAAAUGAUUUUUGCAGUGAAGCUUGGCAAUGAGUACUCCUAGCGUGCUGUUGUUGGGGCACAGCCUGGUAAAGAGGGUUGAGGUACCCAGUGAUUCAUUCUCUGAAGAAACGUUGAAGAAAUGCCCACCAUCAUUGGAUUUAAAUGAGAACCAAUGCUUCUUAACAUAUGAAGGAGUGCUAGGGGGAGAUUUUAAAAAGUUGAAUGAAAGUGCUAUUUGGAAAUCCAUGAAUAAUUUUGAUGUUGUAGUUGCUCAGAUAGCUGGUAAUGAGAUUGACAAUUUUGCAAUGUCAGAAGAGAGAAUAACUGAGGUGUUCCAAGAGACUAUAGACAUGAUACAUAGGAUAUGGCGGCGAGUAGCUAAAGUGGUCCUGUUCAAGUUGUUUUAUAGACGAAUGUCUCUGGCACAUUCUUUAAGAAUACGAUCUCUGGAGCAGCAAGUGAGUUAUAACAACAAUGUUGACAGAGUAAAUAGGAGGUUAGCUCAGGUGCUAGAUCAUUUAACAGGUACCUAUCUUUGGAGGACAAAGGGACAGGUGAUGAAUGGCCUCGACAUGUUAGGAGAGGAUGGUACCCAUUUUAACAAAGAUGGGCACUAUAAAUACUGGAGAUCAUUGAGGGGAGCAGUGCAUGGCCUACCAAGUAAGUGGUCAUGGGCAUGUUUACGUUGUCUUCCUUUUGUGGGGAAACCCCAAAACCCAGGGAUGGCACAAGGUCAGCAAAAAAAACCUUGGGAUGGUGCAAGGUCAGCCGCAAAACCCUGGGAUAGCGCAAGGUCAGCCACGAAAUCCAUUAAACCCCGUAGUGGUACAGAAUCAACCUCAAAACCCAGUGAUGGCACAGGGUCACCCACAAAACCCUGUGAUGAUACAGGGUCAGCCCCAAAACCCUGGAGGGGCACAGGGUAUCAUGCUAAAUCCUGGUAUGGCCCAGGUAAAUCCAGGUCAGGGACAACUACAAAAGCCCGGCACGGGCCAGGGGUAUCAACAAAAGCUAGGUAUGGGCAGGGUUUCAAUCCAAACCCUGGUAUGGGCCAGUAUUCCAUCAAGGGAUACAAAACCAGGAAAUGGUUGGACAAGAAAAUAAAUCCCAUGGGACAGUGGCCGGGACAAGAUCAGGGACAAGGCUUCAUGCAGAACCUUGGUAUGGGCCAAGGCAAUGUCCCAGUUCAGAACUGGCUUGUGGAGGUGGUUCUGUUCAUAUUUGAGGUGGUGUUCACCAAGGAGAGUCGCACCCCCUUGGUGAGUCUCAACUGUAAUGUCAGCGGUGAUCUACAUCUAGUACCACAUGCAAAUGGAGUGUUAUGGCGUAACUUUAAACUGCAGCAUGAUGAAGCUGAUGCGUAUGAUAGCUUCAUUAUGCAGGAUUUCCCCAGGGCAGGCAAUGUGGAGCAGCUACCAUAG